UCGCUCAUCAUCAGCCAAAGGGUGACGUGCUGUUCAAUAUGUCGUUCGGCACUUCGUACACCUACAAAAUGUACAAGUGCUGUGGCGUUGGAGGUGGCGGGUCCACGUUACCCCAGGCCGUACAGCAUUUGGGUACUGGAGCUGCCAUCGCGGCCUCCGGGAGAGCCAUCAUGCAGGAUCCGGUGCUUGAAUCUAUUUUGGAGCAAAUGCGCGAGACGGAGGCUCGCAGGGCGGAUUUGGAACGACAGCAUGCCGAUGCACAGAAUCAGUUGCGGGAAAAGCUAGCAGGCAGAUACCAAGGACCAGAGUCUGUUGAGGCAUUGCAGUCCAAGAUACGUGAAUUGGAGAAAAAAACAGAGUUACAGAUGGUGAGGCACGAGGAAUUGUCAUUAGAGUUGACGAGUCUUAGGCGAGCACGCAGUCGUGGCCCGGGUUCAACAGCAACUUCCAGUAUUACUGGAACCACGUGGCCACCUUCGGGUUCGGAAAUCGACAGGAUGAUCGCAAAAAUUGAGCAAGAUACUAGGUAUGGCCGGAUUCUUCAUGAGCUGGAUCACACGAGAGGUGUAACGACUCAGCAGCCAUCCUCAGGUCAACGAAUCCUACGAUCAAGUGCUGAAAAUCUACCAAGCCUAAACCAACAACACCAGCAUCCACCACAUCCACACGCACUUGAGCUCGGUGAUCUAGGUGUAUCUCACUACGUCGGAUCACCUAUGCCUUUGACACCAAUGAUGCCUGGAUGUCCACCUCUUACACCCAAUGGACCACCAUAUCACUACAGCGAACCAAUCCCACCCGCCCCGUCGUCACUGACAACAAGCCAAUCUCAAUCAGCCUUUCAGCAGAAACUACAGCAGUAUCAUCAUCAACAUCAGACACACGUCGACAUGACUAGUUCUCAUCCUCAAACUAGUCUCACGUCCCAACAACAACAACAGCAGCAGCAGCAGCAGCAGCAGCAGCAAAAGCAACAAGCGCACACACAUUUUACAAGCAAUCAAUAUCAAGAAAGUUAUCCACAUACACACACGCAGUCUUAUCAACAGCCUAUGCAGCAACAAAAUCAGCAGCAGCAACAGCAGCAAACUCAUCAGUCACAGCUGCCUGUUUCGAGUACGUACCUGGGAUCCACUAGUCAGAGUGUCCUGCCCCAUUAUAGCCAACCCGGUGGUCAGACUGGGCAAACUUUUCUUAACGGAACUCAACAGAGUACGAACUAUCAAAAUUUAACGCUGGCAUCUCACCCAAAUGGAACUUUCACGUCGGGAGUUGUGAGUAGUUAUGGUACGACGCAUCAGCUGGGUCAUCAUAAUUACUCAGUACCCCAGUCAAAUCUCACGCAAACGACACUAUCAUCAUUACCGCCGUAUUCGUCGUCGUCUUAUCACUCAGCCCUUAGUGUACUCCCAAGUGUAUCCCAAUCAGUGCUUCCCUACUCAAGCGUUCAAACCAGUUAUUCUACAACUGGAUCAACUUACUCGACUGUCGGGACCAAUGCCUUUGGCACUUCUGGCGUCAGCUCAGGAUCAUCGUCAGGUGGUUUGCUUCAAGCAAUAAAUGAUCCUCUGCAGGCAAUGCAGCAGCUGUCAGCGCAAUCUCAAGCAAAUCAGCUCCACCAACAAGCUAUUAUUAAUCAAAUACAACAAAGUUUACGGGCUACAUCUCCAACCGCAACCUCCACGACGGGACACCAUUUUCUUGGUCCGCGUCAGAUGCCAAAAAUACCAACGGGAAUACUGACAAAUCCACUGGAUCGACUUACCAGUGAAAAUAUUUUACCCGAAGGUCAGGUAGACAUGCUUGACAUUCCUGGAAAGGGCAGAUGUUAUGUCUAUAUAGCGCGUUUUAGCUAUGAGCCUUUUCAACACUCGCCUAAUGAAAAUCCUGAAGCUGAGCUUCCAGUUCAAGGUGGUGAUUAUUUAUUAGUUUGGGGACAGCCCGACGAUGACGGGUUUCUUGACGCUGAAACACUAGAUGGCCGCAGAGGACUCGUACCCGCGAAUUUUGUACAAAAACUCGUUGGUGAUGAUCUUUUGGAAUUCCAUCAAGCUGUGAUGGGACUGCGAGAUGUUGAUGACGCUGCUUCGACGAAUAUUCCACAAUGUUAUCUACAAGACAUUGACCUAGAGUUAGCGGCACUAGAGGAAGGUAACAGAAAUCGUCAAGCAGAGCUAUCGGCGUACGCGGAACUAGACAAUAUUGCUGAGGAGGAUGAACAAGAACCGCCAGUUCCGGCGCCUCAGCACCUCACUCUCGAGCGGCAACUCAACAAGAGCGUGCUGAUUGGAUGGACACCGCCGGACAACCAGAUCCAGUUGGAGUCUUACCACGUCUACGUCGAUGGAGUCCUCAAGGUCACCGUCAAGGCAACCGAGCGGACGAGGGCACUAGUAGAAGGCGUCGACUCAACUCGGCCCCACCGAAUAAGUGUCCGCUCGGUGACACACUCGAGAAGAACAUCACGGGACGCGGCCUGCACUAUGGUAAUCGGAAAGGACGUCGCGAUAGGUCCAACGGCGGUCAAAGCAUCCAAUGUUACGGCGACCAGCGCCGUGAUAUCAUGGCUCCCGAGCAACAGCAAUCAUCAGCACGUAGUGUGUGUCAACAAUGUUGAAGUAAGGACAGUUAAACCAGGUGUUUAUCGUCACACUAUUACGGGACUUGCACCAUCGACAAUUUAUCGUGUCACUGUGAAAGCUAAAAAUCUUCGUGCCACUCACUUUGAGGACCAAAACGCUCAGUCGGCCAAUAAUCUUGCCUGUCACGUACACUUCAAGACUCUCUCUAAGGGUCUGCCAGAUCCUCCGGUCGAUAUCCAGGUGGAGGCUGGACCGCAGGACGGCACUUUGCUAGUGACCUGGCAGCCUGUUGCCCUAAACGGUUCGGCCGUCACCGGCUACGCGGUUUACGCGGACGGCAAGAAGGUCACAGACGUUGACAGUCCAACGGGUGAUCAUGCAUUAGUUGAUAUUCAUAAAUUGAUGGGACUUAAUCCCAAGGCUAUCACGGUGAGAACGAAAAGUAGAGAGAGCCAGUCGAGUGAUAGUUGUGCUACGGCGAUACCCUGCAGCGUCUUACGCGGAGGACCGCACAUGCAAUCGGGUAUGGAUCAUUCUGGAGAUCCUCAGCAGCAGGGUUACAUGGGUAUGGGUGGUGGCCGAAUAGGUCAGAGAUUCCCCGGUGCGCCUGUGCCGGCUCACAUGAGACGUCAGGGUGUCACGAGAGUCGAUGCUCACGGUCAGGUUAUUAUUGAGACUGAUGAGAAUCUUUCGGAUAAAGAAAUUUAUCCGGGACAAAGUAUUUCACAAAUGGGCAUUCCGGAGAUCACAAAAGACUCAGCGAGUGAAGCGAAUUACAGUGAAGAAGAUGAUCCCACGCGAAGAGGUAGAGGAAUGCAACAGCAUCCUGGACAUCACAGAUACGGGCCUCAAGGAGGACAACAAGGUCCACCAGGUACUCACAGACCGGUACCUGGUAGAGCAGGCCGCGGUCCUGAUCAAUAUUAUGAUCAACAAGGAGCUCAAAGAGGUAGAGGACUAGUUUAUAGAGGUGGCCGAGGCGGCCAAGUCCAAGGUGGUCCCCAUCAUCCAGACGCUCAGCAAAACAAAAGGCCUCGCUGGUUCGUCGCACUCUACGACUACGAUCCUCCUACCAUGUCGCCUAAUCCUGACGCUUGUGAAAUCGAAUUACCCUUCUCCGAAGGUGAUACUAUAAAGGUUUACGGUGAUAAAGACGACGACGGCUUUUACUGGGGUGAAUGUCGCGGUAGACGUGGUUUUGUACCUCACAAUAUGGUACAAGAAUUAAAGAACCCACCUCCGGGUGCUCAGGGACCAGGACAACCUGGUAGAAGAGGCCAGAAUGACAGGUGGGGUGAUAUAUACACCAAUAUGCCAGUAAGAAAAAUGAUCGCUCUCUAUGACUAUGAUCCACAAGUUCUCUCGCCUAAUGUUGACGCCGAGCAAGUUGAAUUACGUUUUCAAACGGGCAACGAAAUAUACGUUUACGGUGAUAUGGACGACGACGGUUUUUACAUGGGUGAGCUGGAUGGUGUACGUGGUUUAGUACCAAGUAAUUUCCUAGCAGAAGCUGGUCCAAAUAAAGGACAACCUCCACAAGCCGGGCGACGACCUCCGGGACAAGGUCAAGGACCCGGUGCUCGGGGACCGCCUCCACCGCCCCGAGAGCCACCACCUCCAGGGCAUCGACGUAAUAAAGAUGCCUGCAUUGUGCCUGUGUCUGUCCCUGUCUGUCACUUAGACUCUAGACAACAACAACCACAACAACAUCAACAACAACAACUACAACAACAACAACAUCAACAACAACAACAACAAAACAAUCCACCGCAUCUAGCGUACCAACAAGCGAAUCACCACAGCUACACAACUGUAACAACGUCGAAUCAGCACGGUGGCCAGGGUGUUGGCGUUAUGGCCCAUCAGCAGGGUGCCGUACCGCCUCACCUUCAGCAGCAGGGGAGGGGGAGAGGCGCAGCCAAUCGGGUCGGUGGUAGUAACAUGCCAGGAGGUCUUCAGCAAGCUCAGCAGUUCCAACAGCAACAGGACUAUCAACAACAACAGCAGCAACAGCAGCAGCAGCCUAAUCAGCAAGGAUACAAUCAACAAAAUCCCAACUAUCAGCAGCAGCAGCAGCAACCUGGUCCACAGGGCUACCAGCAGCAAAAUUACCAGCAGCAGCCUCAACAACAGGGCAGUCAGCAGCAGUACCAACAGAACCAAGGACCUUCUAUGCAAGGACCUCAGUCAAGCAAACCCAUGCGAGGAAUCCCAGCAGUGAUUCCCACGGCUCAGAAGCCUCUUGAUCAGCAGCAGCAACAGCAACAACAGCAGCCGCCAAGCGCUGGUCCCAACCUCAUGCAAAAGUUCACUGAAAUGGCGGGUGCCAGUGCCGGUGGUGACAUUUUAUCAAAGGGUAAAGAGCUCAUAUUCAUGAAAUUCGGACUGGGAAAGUGAGUCCAUGUUAAUUUCCAUAAUCACAAAGUCUCCGUUGUCACUAUCAUCCUGAUAAUCAAGACGAUGAUGAUGAUGACGGUGACGGUUUCAUGGAGACAUACAGGACAUGAUAAAAUAAGCAAUCGACUGGUCAUUGUGACAAAUGAUGUCUCGUGACAAUGGUUUUAGUACCGUUCCAAAUUAAUAAUCUAUUAUAGUUUGGAACGUUUGAUAAUUUGUUAUCAAGAGUGAGAAGGUCAACGACUUAAUUAAUAAUUAAUAUUAAUAAUAAUGAAUAAUAAUAAUAAUAAUAAAAAUUAAUAACAAUAAUAAUGAUAAUAAGGACAUAUUUAGUCCUACUGUUGAUCUUGGUGUAUUUAUUAAAGAUAAAUAAUAUUUGAGCUAUUAUACAUAUGUUACACUGGUUAUGAUAAAUGCUGCUGUUGAUCUUGCUGCUUUGUGGAUUAUUAAAUACAGUAUUUGUAUUGUUGUAUAUUAUGUAAUACGAUUGUUGUUGCUGUCGAAAGCUGCCGUCACCGAAACCGAGUUAAUCGACAAAAAAUGUUUACCGAGACUCCGGUCUUUGUUUAAUUAGUAAGUCUGAUGAAGACGUUUCGAUAGAGAAAUAGGAUUGUGUAUAACACAAAUAACGGAGCAACUCUGCCGCUGGUUACAUAAACUUGUCAGUACAGCACGUUAUUGUACAUCUAAGAGUAAAUGGAGAACAAGCUCUCACAAUAAUAACUUGAGUAGUUAUUUAGUGCUUUGAGUACUGACGUUGUGUGGAUACUUGAGAGAAGUUAAGUCUUCUUAUUAAACUCUUUAUUCUUGAUCUUUUGUUACUUUGUUUAUCUCUCUACAUAUGUAACGCUCUCUGCCGAGGGCUGAUACCUUUUACGGAGAUAAUGACUGUUGGAAUUACGUUGAUGAUUAUAUUAGAUAGUUAUUAAAGACGAUGUAAGAUGCUUUAAAGAAAGAUAAAUCGCGCACAAGAAUAAAUUCUAUACACGCGAGAGGACGAAGCUGCCACCUAAACUAUUUAAAUUAUAGUAUUUAUCGAGUAGUUAUGAUGAACAGAUUAUUAAAUUAUUAAAUUAAUGAUGAUGAUUAUGAUGAUGAUGAUGAUGAUGAUAUGUGAGUUGUAGAUUUUAAAUUAUAGAACGAGUGGACGAGAGGCGGGUGUGCCUUGAAAUGCCUCACCCUUAACACAAAACAAUAAUCAUAUCUCUAAAAAAACUUAUUAUUUAUAAUUUAUAAUCAUAAUCAAUAAUUAUUAAUU